UUAUAUUGUGUCUGUCACUCAGUAACUAACUGACUUUGUUAAACAAACAAACAAACAAUCUCUCCCCUCCCAUAUUUCGUUGAGAGGAAAGGCCCUCUGCGAUAAUUGAAAUGAAACAUAUGAUACCUUUCAAACCAGACCCCGACGACGCAACGAGCUUAACACCAAUCUCGCUACGAUCACCGAAACCCUCUGCAUACUACGUCCAGAGUCCAUCAUCACAUCAUUCUCACGAUGAGGACAAGUCAUCGUCAACGCAUGCCACCACCUCCCCUGCUGUUACCAGUCCUACGGACUCCCCCUCACACUCCUCCUACUCCCGCCACUCUAGGUCCUCUUCGUCCAGCAGACUUUCCGGUCCUUACGCGACGACAGCUGCGGGGAGGAGAGGAGGGAGGUACAAGAGGAAUGACAAUGAGUUCAAUGUGAUCGAAGAGGAAGAAUUGUUUUAUUAUGUAAAUCAUAACAAUACCAACAGGAGAGUUCUAAUUGGGGCUUUAGGAUUCGUUUUUGUGUUUUCCGUGUUUUGUUUGAUUAUCUGGGGUGCUAGUAGGCCUUUUAAACCACAGAUCAAUGUCCAGAGUCUGAGCGUACAUAAUUUUUAUUUUGGGCAAGGAUCAGACAUGACAGGAGUACCAACCAAGAUGUUGACUGUGAAUUGUUCUGUAAACAUCAGUGUUUAUAACCCUGCUACAUUUUUCGGCAUUCAUGUUACUUUUAUGCCUGUUCAUCUCAUGUACUAUGAAAUUAUAGUCGCCACCGGUGAGUUGAAGAAAUAUUAUCAGCCAAGAAAGAGUCGCAGGAGUGUGCAUGUGAAUGUCGAAGGAGUAAAAGUUCCCCUAUAUGGUGCUGGAGUACGCUUGGCGGUCUCAGAUAAUAAUAGACAAGUCCCAUUCACAUUAGCUUUUGAUGUCCGCUCGCGAGGGUACGUUGUGGGGAGAAUGGUGAAAUCAAGGCAUGCAAGACAUGUUUCUUGUUCUUUAGCUAUUGAUUCUCGUACCGAUAGACCCAUAAAAUUCAACAACGAUUCCUGUGCAUAUCAGUGAUUUGGUAAUAGUCUGCAGAGAAUUAGUCAUGUGUUUAGGAGUUCCUGCACAACUAUUUCUCAUGCAGAUAGACCCUAAGGUUGCACCUCGCUUUGCUUUCUGUUAUGGGUUACAAUUUCGAAUCCAUUAUUAUAUGUUUGCUCUAGUUUUUGUUGUUUUUGGAUAGACCUAAGGUUGCACCUCGCUUUGCUUUCUGUUUCUACUUAUAAUCAACAUGUUGGUAUGAUUUUGUA